AAACCCGCGACUUCCUUCCUGACUCAUUUUACUAAUCAAAGGAUUUGACAGGAAACAUUUUUCUAAUGUAAUCAUUGAACAAACGAUUUCAGAUGCUACAGGUCGCACAUGGACUACUACAAAUAUCCGUACAGUCAAUUGCUCAUCGCUGUCAAAUGUCAAUGCAAGCAAAACCAGACAACCAACCAACCGAGCCAUGUACGCGACCAGGCCGCUCUCGCUCUACAAGAGCCACCCAGAGGCGGCAUCCCGGCCGCCGCCGGAGGGCCGGAACUCAGGCUACCUCGUCGUGAAGGACGCCGACGAAGACGAAGACGACGACGGCGAGACCUGCUGCUGGGGCCAGUGCGGCGGGACCCGGGUGCGGGACCUCCCGUUCCCUCAGAACCGGAUCCUCACGCUCCGCUACACGGAGCACCACGGGCAGAGUAGCACCACGUACACCGACGCCGUGGUGUUCGUCCCGGUCCCCAACCAGCCCGUGUCCUCCGGCCGCUACUGCGCCGUGGUGGCCACGGGCAAGCGCAAGGGCCUCGUCAGGGCCUGCUCCCGCGCCGAGGACAUGACCCCGUGCUGCUUCUGGCGGUGCGUCAGCGACGCCGAGCCCCGGCCGUUCGACCCCAGCGACGUGUACCAGCAGAUCGAGGUCGUCCAGCGCCGGCGCGGGCGGUUCACGGCCAGGGCCGUGGCGCCCGACGGCUUCCCGCACUUCCUCUACCGCAAGAAGUACUGGCGCGUCUACGCGUCCAAGCCCAGGAACUUCGACCUUGGCGAGGCGCUGGGCAUCAACGCCGCGCUCCGGUCGCGGCAGCUCGUUGACGCCAGCCUCCACGGCGCGUUACCGACGGCGAUGGCGACGACGGCUGUGGGGAAAUGGUACUGCCCGUUCUACCUCGUGAAAGAAGACGGCGUGUCCCCGUCGGAGCAGAUGGACCGCGGGACGUUCUACGAGGUGGAACUCGAGCAGCGCUGGGAGCCUGUCCCGGCGGCGUCGCCGCAAGGAGGAAGCUCGAAGAUGGCAAGUAUGAGGGUGCUCAUCGGCGGGAGCAUCGAGGCGAGGCAGGAGGUGUCUAGCAACGACGACGGGUACGUGUGGUUCAGGGCGGCGGCGACCGGGCAGAGUGUGGCGGUGUGCGCCAGCGUGUGGGAGAGGAUGCGUUGGGAGGAGUACAGAGGCGGGUGGGUUGAUGAGGAGGAGGAGGCCGGCGGGGAGGGGCUCGGGGGAUCGGUGCUGGUGGAGAGGUUCGUGGUGAAGAGGAUGGACGGCAGCGUUGCGGUGGCCUUUGACUUUGUGCACCUCAACAAGGUCAGGGCGAAGCAAGUGUGACAUCACGGAAUUUCCGGACAGUGAUUUUGUGUGAUGCCAUGGUAAAUAAAUAAAUUCGUGAGAUGCUAGUGAUAAAUCCGUUAAGGUUGUGACUUUUUUUUUUGAGAAAUUAAGGUUGUGACUUUGUGUGAGCUUUUAGGCUUCGUUGUUCAUCACAUUUAGUUAUUGGAAUGUAUCUGCAAAUGUUAAUGAGAAACAUACAUUGACUUGUAGUCUUCGGAAAAAAUAACUAGAGAAAGGAGAGAAAAUGUCUUUUAACUCU